GGCCAAUCACGCUAAAAGGCGUCGCCACUCUCAGCAGCUGUCAGAUUCAAGAGCAAAGAACCAAACGACAAAAACACGGUCUUUAACACCCAACAGCGCCGAUGAAUCCGCUACUUUCCUGUGUAACGAUAGCAUUCUAACACAAACAGACUGCUGAUAUUCAUCCCCUGACUCUUCUGGCCUCCAUCCCAUCGUCACCAUGGAGAUGGCCAACAGCUACGUGCUGAUCCAUGGGAAGAACAUCUCCCAUAACACCCUGGCAGGUUCUGCAGUGGGACCCCACAUGUCCAUCGACAAGUUGUUCCCGGCUCUCCUCGAGUGCUUUGGCAUCAUACUGUGUGGUUAUAUCGCUGGCAGGGCUGACAUCAUUCCUGAGAGCCAGGCCAAGGGUUUGGGGAACUUUGUGUCCAGGUUUGCUCUUCCAGCUCUGCUCUUUAAAAACAUGGUUCUGUUGGACUUUGGAAACGUCAUUUGGGCGUUUCUCUGGAGUGUCCUGGUUACUAAGGUGACAGUAUUCGUGCUGGUGUGUGUCCUGACGCUGAUGGUGGCCAGUCCAGAGAGCAGAUACAGUAAAGCUGGUCUGUACGCCAUCUUUGCUACUCAGAGUAAUGACUUUGCAUUGGGAUACCCAAUAGUUGAUGCUUUGUAUCGCAGCACGUAUCCAGAAUACCUCCAGUACAUCUAUCUAGUUGCUCCGGUCUCCCUAAUGCUCCUCAACCCCAUCGGCUUUGCUCUUUGCGAGGUACAGAGAUGGAAGCAGGCCAGCCAUCCACAACACAGUACUGCCGGCGUCCUGGGAGUUGUAGUGUUACAGGUGUUGAAGAACCCGAUAGUGUUUAUGGUGAUUGUAGGAAUCAUCUCUCACUUUGCUCUCGGUCAGAGGAUACCUGCUGUGCUGUUGGAGUUCAUAGAUGGUCUGGCUAACUCUUUUGGAGGGGCAGCGUUGUUUUACCUCGGACUCACUAUGGUUGGUCAACUUAGAAAACUGACCAGAGACACUGGAGUAGCCUUGAUUCUGCUCAUUACAGCCAAACUGUAAGUGAACUGGUGAGAUGGAGUGUGUAUACGUGUGUAUGAUAGAAGAUGAGGGCUGUAGUCUUAGCUUAGUG